ACCAUACUUUCUCUGGUAUUUUCUCUCUUUUUUUUUUCCUUCCUAAGGAAAAAUAACAAUGGCUUCUCUUUUUAGUAGGGAGAGGACUUUUGGCCACUCCAGAAGAGAUUCCCAUUCCUCUUCCACCCCCACCACCACCAUCACAAUGCCCUCCACCGCCGCCGCCGCCACUGCUGCCUCCUCCGCUAGCUCCCGUUUUUCCACCGCUGCUGCUACAACAACGACCUUGUCUCUCUCUUCCCUGCCCUCUCCAUUCGGGGACCUCACUUCAACUCUCUCCUCCUCGGACCUCCGGGAAACCGCCUUCGAGGUCUUUGUCGCUGCUUGUCGGACUUCCACCGGAAAGCCACUUGCUUACAUUUCCAAUAACAACACAAGCAGUCCUACGAGUACUGCUGCGGUUAAUGGGCAUGUUAAUAAUCAUCAUGCGAGUUCCUCUCCGAUUUCGAACUCGAGUUCGCCGUCUUUGCAGAGAUCGCUGACGUCGACGGCGGCGUCCAAGAUGAAGAAGGCAUUGGGGUUGAGAUCCAGCUCUAGUUUGAAGAAAGGGGAGGGUAGUCCGGGUUCGGGUUCGGGCUCGGGUGGAAAGGGGAAGAAGCCGGUGACUGUUGGGGAGCUAAUGAGGGUUCAAAUGAGGGUUUCGGAGAGUGUGGAUUCGAGAAUUCGUAGGGCUUUGCUUAGAGUUUCUGCUGGACAGGUUGGCAGAAGAAUCGAGUCAAUGGUUCUUCCUCUAGAGCUGUUACAGCAGUUCAAGUCAUCAGAUUUUACUGGUCCACAUGAAUAUGAUGCGUGGCAGAAAAGAAACUUGAGGCUUCUUGAGGCUGGGCUUCUUUUACAUCCUCAGAUUCCUCUUGAUAACAAGUCCAAUGCUGCUGCACAGCGGCUGAGGCAAAUUAUUCAAGGGGCCUUGGAUAGGCCAAUAGAAACCGGCAGAAACAAUGAGCCGCUGCAAGUUUUGCGCAGUGCCGUCAUGGCUUUAGCAGGCAGAUCAUCUGAUGGAAUCCUGGAUUCAUGCCACUGGGCUGAUGGUUUUCCAUUGAAUCUCAGACUUUACGAAGUGCUUCUUGAAGCCUGCUUUGACAUUAAUGAUGAAACAUCUAUCAUCGAGGAAGUUGAUGAGGUUAUGGAACUCAUAAAGAAAACAUGGGGUAUUCUUGGAUUAAAUCAAAUGCUCCAUAAUCUUUGCUUUACUUGGGUUUUGUUCAACCGAUAUGUAGCAACUGGACAAGUCGCAAAUGAUUUGCUAUAUGCUGCUGAUAAUCAGCUUGCUGAGGUAGCAAAAGAUGCAAAAACAACAAAAGAUCCAUCAUAUGCAAAGAUCUUGAGUUCUACUUUAACCGCUAUGCUUGGUUGGGCUGAGAAAAGGCUUCUUGCUUAUCAUGACACCUUUGAUAGUGGAAAUAUUGAUUCCAUGCAAAGCAUUGUUUCUCUAGGCGUAUCCUCAGCUAAAAUCUUGGUUGAAGAUAUAUCUAAUGAAUACCGCCGCCGGAGGAAGAAUGAAGUUGAUGUUGUCCGCAGCAGGAUUGACACUUAUAUCAGAUCUUCGCUUCGCACUGCUUUUGCUCAGAGAAUGGAGAAGGCAGAUUCAAGCAGGAGGGCAUUGAGAAAUCAACCAAAUCCUCUUCCAGUCCUUGCCAUUCUUGCUAAAGAUGUUGGCGAACUAGCUAGUAAUGAAAAGGAGGUCUUUAGUCCUAUCCUGAAGAGUUGGCAUCCUUUUGCUGCAGGUGUUGCUGUUGCCACCCUUCAUGCUUGCUAUGGAAAUGAGCUGAAGCAAUUUAUUUCAGGUAUAACAGAGUUGACACCAGAUGCUGUUCAGGUAUUGAGAGCUGCAGAUAAGUUGGAAAAAGAUCUUGUCCAGAUUGCCGUUGAAGAUUCAGUGGACAGUGAUGAUGGUGGAAAGGCGAUUAUUCGUGAAAUGGCGCCUUAUGAAGCUGAAGGUGCAAUAGCCAAGAUGGUGAAAGAUUGGAUUAAGGCAAGAAUAGACAGGUUAAAGGAAUGGGUUGACAGAAAUCUGCAACAAGAGGUAUGGAAUCCCCAAGCUAAUCAAGAAGGAUAUGCCCCAUCUGCUGUUGAGGUCUUACGAAUAAUUGAUGAAACAUUGGAUGCAUUCUUUCAGCUGCCAAUACCAAUGCAUCCAGCACUCCUUCCUGACUUGAUGAUGGGCCUUGACAGAUGCCUUCAAUACUAUGCAACAAAGGCAAAAUCUGGCUGUGGAUCAAGGAACAUGUAUCUCCCAACUAUGCCAGCUUUGACAAGAUGCACAAUGGGGGCAAAAUUUCAGGGGGUGUUUAAGAAGAAAGAGAAGCCAGUUCAUACCCAGAAAAGGAACUCACAGGUUGCUACGAUGAAUGGGGAUGACUUAUUUGGGAUACCACAACUUUGUGUGCGUAUCAAUACUUUACAGAGGCUGAGGGUAGAUUUGGAAAUUGUGGAAAAGAGAAUUAUUACCCUCCUCCGAAACUCUGAAUCGGCUCAUGCAGAAGACUUUUCAAAUGGAUUGGUCAAAAAGUUUGAGCUUACGCCAGCUGCUUGUGUUGAGGGGAUUCAACAUAUUUGCGAGGCAGUGGCCUAUAGAAUCGUUUUCCGCGAUCUUGGUCAUGUCCUAUGGGAUGGUUUGUAUGCUGGGGAGCCUGCUUCAUCCAGAAUUGAGCCUUUCCUUCAGGAGCUUGAGCAGAAACUGACAGUCAUAGCUGACACUAUUCAUGAAAGGGUUCGUACGCGUAUUGUUGCCGACAUAAUGAGAGCAUCUUUUGAUGGUUUCCUGUUGGUUUUGCUGGCUGGAGGACCUACCCGUGCUUUCUCCAAGCAGGACUUCCAGAUAAUUGAGGAUGAUUUCAAGUCCCUCAAAGAUUUAUUCUGGGCCAAUGGUGAUGGAUUACCAACUGAUGUAAUAAACAAGUUUUCUACCACUGUAAGGGAUGUCCUUCCUCUUUUCCGAACGGACACAGAAAGCCUGAUUGAGCGUUUCAGACGGUUGACUCUGGAAGCAUAUGGUUCCUCGGCAAAAUCUAGGCUUCCACUGCCACCAACAUCUGGCCAGUGGAAUCCAACUGAACCAAACACGCUUUUGCGUGUUUUGUGUCAUCGGAAUGAUGAAGCAGCAUCAAGAUUCCUUAAGAAGACUUAUAACUUGCCCAAAAAACUGUAGGGAUAUAUGGUGUGCCUGGGUUUCUACUGAACCUGCUACUCAGAAGAGUGAUACCGGCAGCAUAUUGAAAAGAUUCUGGCCUGUAAUUAGUAUAUUGAUCAAGGAUGCUUGUGUCAUACUUAAGCGUUGCUAGUGCAAUUUCAGAGUUCCGAGUGCCUUAAGAAGUAGAUUAUUUCUUGUAUAGGAAACAUUCAAAUCUUGGUUGUUUAUCUCCUGUUCACUGCUUUCUUGAGGAUCAAGGGUUCUAGAAAUAUUUAAAGGUUUGUCCUAGGGAGGGAGUGGUAGUGGGAGAUGGUAUUUAGUGGUUUCGAUCAUCUGUAGAUUAUAGGAUAGAGUUUUGUUCUUUUUUCUGCGUUGCAUUUAUUCUUAUUCGUUUCAUUGACAUCAUUGGUCUUUCCAUAUUCAUUUGUUGGUUAUAAUCUUUAUUCUGAUCACCUGUAAUGUAGAUAUGGGGCCUUACCCCUUAUUGCAGCAAUGUAGUAAUAUUUGAUUAA